UUCGACACAUGCUUCAAAGCUGGUGUACCAGACGUAGCAUCAGUACAAAGAAACCCUGGGAAGAGACUGAGUGAAUAAGAGUGUAAAGUAGCGGAGGGUGAAAGGAGCCACUGUGACACAAAGCUCAAUGUGUUAUUUCAUAUUUAUGGAAGUGUGAAAUCCAAAGUUUGUGUUUUUUAGAGCACAAGUGAAACAGAAGUUGGUGAUGUCACGGGUUCCUACCCCCCCACCACCUGGGGAGAUGUCAAGUGGACCUGUGGCAGAGAGCUGGUGUUACACACAGGUCAAAGUUGUGAAAUUUUCAUACAUGUGGACCAUAAACAACUUUAGUUUUUGCAGAGAAGAAAUGGGGGAGGUGUUGAAGAGCUCAACCUUCUCCUCUGGCCCGAAUGACAAAAUGAAAUGGUGUCUGCGAGUCAAUCCAAAGGGGCUUGAUGAUGAAAGCAAAGAUUAUCUGUCAUUAUAUUUACUUCUUGUUAGUUGUCCAAAAAGUGAAGUCAGAGCAAAGUUCAAAUUUUCGUUGUUGAAUGCUAAAAGAGAGGAGACAAAAGCAAUGGAAAGCCAAAGAGCGUAUAGAUUUGUUCAAGGCAAAGACUGGGGCUUUAAAAAAUUUAUAAGGCGAGAUUUCCUCCUUGAUGAAGCUAACGGGCUCUUACCAGAUGACAAGUUAACCCUAUUCUGCGAGGUAAGCGUUGUCCAAGAUUCCGUUAACAUUUCUGGGCAGUCCAACAUGAACAUGCUGAAGGUACCAGAGUGUCAGCUGUCUGAUGACCUAGGGAAUCUUUGGGAGUGUUCACGGUUCACAGACUGCAGUCUCUACGUGGGAGGGCAGGAGUUCAAAGCGCACAAAUCCAUCCUUGCUGCAAGGUCUCCAGUGUUUAAUGCUAUGUUUGAACAUGAAAUGGAAGAGAGUAAAAAGAACCGUGUUGAUAUUAGUGAUGUGGACCCGGACGUCUUUAAGGAGAUGAUGGGAUUCAUCUACACAGGAAAGGCUCCAAACCUCGAGAAAAUGGCUGACAAUUUGCUGGCAGCUGCAGAUAAGUAUGCUCUGGAGCGUUUAAAGGUCAUGUGUGAAGAGGCCUUGUGCAACAGCCUUUCAGUGGAAAACGUGGCCGACACCCUCAUCCUCGCAGAUUUGCACAGUGCCGAGCAGCUCAAAGCACAAGCCAUAGAUUUUAUCAACAGGUGCAGUGUCCUGAGACAGCUGGGCUGUAAAGAUGGAAAGAACUGGAAUAGCAAUCAUACCACAGAUAUAAUGGAGACUGCAGGCUGGAAGUCAAUGAUCCAGUCCCAUCCUCACUUGGUAGCCGAGGCCUUCCGCGCCCUGGCGUCAGCACAGUGCCCCCCCUUCGGCCCUCCCAGGAAGCGUUUAAAACAGUCCUGACUCUGACUCCUCCCCAGGACUGGACUGGUUGUGUGACGUAUUGGGUUUACAAAAGAAGGACUAGGGAUGGCACCACUCAAUUCCCCCCCCCCCCCCCCCCCCCCCCCCCAAAACUGAACACACUUGAAUAAAGAAUUGUGGAGCCUAAGGCCAGGGAUGUGGAGGCACCGGGCCAACUGACUUCAAAGGAACGGGCUUAAAUUGGUUCACACAGCAUUGCUUUCUUGCUUUUCUGCCCCGACUGAAUUUUGCUCAGCCCGGGUGGCGAGUCGUCUGCAACUGUGUUUUUUUGUUUUCUUUCUUUCUUUCCAUAAUUUUCAAAAUGGCCUUAAUAUAUCUGCCAUUGUUCUGGAGCUGCUCCAGAGUACAUCUCUUUUACUCCGUGCCUACCUUGUCACAAAGACCAGGCCUCCUCCACGUUGCACUAGUUCCUGUGAAGUCAUUUUGAUAUGGAGUUCUAUAGGAACAUAACAAAGGUUUAACUAUAUGGGAAAUACUAUAUAUUUGUAAUGUUUAGCUCGUUUUGUGACUAGACAUUAAAAAAAGCAUGUACACUUUCAGUGCAAGGUUGGUUCUUUACACUUUUUAAAAGAUGUGUAUGCCCCAUAUUGAUGGCACCAUUUCUGUGACCGAUGAACAAUCUUCCGAAGACCAGUGUAUACGAAAGUGUGUUCUGUUGCGUAUUUGUGGAA